AUGCCGAGACACGAGUUCUCCAUGGACAUGACCUGUGAGGGCUGCUCGAUUGCUGUCACACGCAUGUUCAACAAGCAAGGAGGUGUGCAGUUUGACAUCAAACUGCCCAACAAAAAGGUGAGCAUUGACUCAGAGCACGAUGUGGACAAGCUGCUGGAGACGCUUGGCAAGACCAGCAAAGCUGUGUCCUACCUGGGGCCCAGUUAG